CAGCUGCGGCAGCGAACGGACAGUCACCAGCCGCCGCCGACGCCAGGUGUCUGAUAGGUGCUCGUCGUCCCCGCUGUAAAUCUGUCCGACCGCAUAUACUCGAUAUUGGACGCCGUUUUCUUCAAUUCUAUUAUUGUUGCUGUAUUAUUAUUAUUUUAUCAAACAUUGAUCAUAAUUAAAUGUUGUUAUCGGUCCGUCGAAAAGACGGGUUUCGAUUUUUUUUUUUUUCCGUCAUCAACGAUGUGUGUAGCGCGCGUGUGCGUGCGACGAUGAUGACCCAUCACUCGGAAAUGGUUUUUCUCUCGAAUUCCGGAUGUACGCGCCGCGGGCUUCCGUAGAAUACUUGUGAGACAACAAUAGUCCGUCCACUCGACGAUGUCCGGUGAUCCCGCCGUACACCACUGACGCUUCUACCACGUUCCCUGCCUCAUCGUCAUGUCUUUUUCCGAGGACGAAUCGUCCGUUAAAGUGGCCGUGAGAAUACGGCCUCAAAUUGCCCGUGAAGUGAUCGAUGGCUGUCGUAUUUGUACAAAUGUGACUCCUGGAGAACCACAAGUAACUCUGGGUUCUGAUAAAUCAUUUACUUAUGACUUUGUGUUUGAUACACACGAGAACCAACAGACUGUAUAUGAGAACUGUGCUUCUAAUCUUGUCGCUGGUGCCUUACAGGGUUAUAAUGCAACAGUCCUUGCUUAUGGCCAGACUGGAUCUGGCAAAACCUAUACCAUGGGUACAGGUUUUGAUUUGGAGAAUAUUGAUGAUACUGAUCCAUCCGCCGUAGGCAUUAUACCACGAGCCAUUCAUCAACUAUUUGAUGGAAUACAAACUAUAAAACAACAGUCCUUAGAUUCUGGAGAUCCUCCGCCUCAUUUUGCUGUUACUGCACAAUUUUUAGAAUUAUAUAAUGAAGAAAUUAUUGAUUUAUUCGAUACUGCUAAUGAUUAUUCUAUAGCUAAAACAAAAAGUGGUAUUCGUAUUCAUGAGGAUAUGCAGCACAAUAUUUACGUGACUGGUGUUUCCUGGAAACCUAUAAAUUCAGCUUCUGAAGCAUUGUCAAAUUUACGUCAAGGCGCUUUAUCUCGUACAACUGCAGCUACUGCGAUGAAUUCUCAAUCAUCCAGAAGUCAUGCAGUCUUUACUAUUAAUAUUCAACAAAAACGAUUUGUUAAACAUGAGGAUGAAGGCACUGAAUCUACUUUGGAAGAAUGUGGUACAAAUUCUAGUAAUACUCGUAAUCCUGGUGAAUUUGAAACACUUACUGCUAAAUUUCAUUUUGUGGAUCUGGCUGGGUCUGAGAGAUUGAAACGAACUGGUGCUACUGGAGAUAGAGCCAAAGAAGGGAUAUCAAUUAAUUGUGGUUUAUUAGCAUUAGGAAAUGUUAUAUCAGCUCUGGGAGAUAGGUCUAGAAAAGCUCUACAUGUGCCUUAUAGAGAUUCAAAACUGACAAGGUUACUUCAAGACUCACUAGGAGGUAACAGUCGUACUGUAAUGAUUGCAUGUGUCUCGCCUAGUGAUAGAGAUUUUAUGGAAACAUUAAAUACCUUAAAAUAUGCUAAUAGGGCACGUAAUAUUCAAAAUAAGGUUGUAGUGAACCAAGACAAAUCUUCAAGAACUAUACAGUUUUUGCGACAAGAGAUACAACAACUUCAACUAGAAAUUAUGGAAUAUAAACAGGGUAAGAGAACUGUAAAUGAAAAUGGAGAGGAAUGUGUAAAUGAUACAUAUCUUGAGAAUACAAUGUUGCAAACUGAAUUAAGUAACAUGAGAACUCGUAUAAAAGCUAUGCAAGAAACUAUUGAUUCUUUAACCAUUAAGAAUACACAGCUAUUAGCUGAAAAAGCUACAGGGGCAUGGUUAAACACAGAUGCUGGUAUAGAAUCUAAUAUGACUGAUGUGGUACAAGGUUAUUUAAAAGAAAUAGAAGAGUUACGAGCAAAAUUAUUAGAAUCAGAACAUAUGUGUGGUCAAUUACGUAAGAAUACUUCUUCACUUCCAAAAAAUCAUUACGUCAGUUGUUCUAAUGAAGAUUACAAUUCAAAAGAAUUAAUUGCAAAAGCUAAACAAGAGUUAGAAAAUGAAAAACAAACAUUGGAAAGAUUAAAAUCAGUGAAGUUACAAGAAACAGAAAGUGAACCUUCUGACUCUGAUGAUAGUGAUGUAAAUUCAUCUGAUGAUGAAAAUGAACGAGCAAGUGUAGAUAGUCAAUAUAGUCAAGAGUUAGCUAACUUGACAUCUGAAAUAAAUUUAAAGCAAAAGCUUAUUGAAGAAUUGGAACUAUCCCAACGUAGAUUAGCUAACCUAAGACAGCAUUAUGAAGACAAACUACAACAGUUACAAACAAAAAUUAAAUUAACUCAAGAUGAACGAGAUACAGUUCUUACUUCUCUUGGUGGUAAUAAUAAUAAUCAGUCUGAAAAAGUUAAAAAAGUAAAAGAUGAUUAUGAAAAAAGACUUGGUACUAUGCAAAAAGAAUUAAAAUCUUUACAGUCUGCUAAAAAAGAACAUGCCAAACUUUUAAGAGAUCAAUCUCAGUAUGAAAAUCAAGUACGAACUCUUAAAUAUGAAGUAAAUGACAUGAAACGUACUAAAGUAAAAUUAAUGAAUAAAAUAAAAGAAGAAACAACUAGACAUCAUGAGGUAGAAAUGAAAAAAGCCAAAGAAAUUGCUCAACUUAGAAAAGAGUCUAGACGAGCUGAAAUUAGAAUGAGGAAUCUUGAAUCAAAAUCUCGUGUUCGUGAUGCUGUACUGAAGAGAAAACAAGAAGAAGUGACUGCACUUCGUCGCGCUGCAAGAACUGUAAAUAAUCGAACUGGUAUUAUUGGCACUCAAGCCAUUCGAAAGAAUUCCAAGCAAACAUGGAUCAAUUUAGAAAAAAAUAUUUCUGCUUUAACAUUAAAUAAACAGACAUUAUAUUCUUUAGAAAAAGACAUGGAAAGACUACUUCAAGAAAGAAAGAAAUUACAUUCAGAUUUAGAUUUCAAACUAAAAAAGUUAGCUGAAGCACAAGUUCAACAGCCUCGUGAUAGUAAUUUACACCGUGAUUUCGAAGACGAAAUUGAAGCAAUUAGAGCUAAUUUAGAUUAUGUUGAUGACAGUAUUAAAGAACUCCAAGAAAAUAUAUUGCAAGUUGAAGAUUCUAAGACUGUAACUGAAAGUUUGGAACUAAAUGGCCAUAUUAAUAGUUUACCAGAUGCUAUAUAUGUAUUGGACAAACUCUUUCAGAUGUCUUUACAUAAUUCUUGUUUGGCAGCCCAAAGAGACUUAAAUGUAAAAGAAUUAGAAACUAAAAUGCAACAACUUGAAAAAGAGAAUGAAAUACAAAAACAAUUAAUUGAACAUAUGUUGUCCAGUCGAGAACGCAUAAAUGAAAUGCCUACAAGUAUGACUACCAGUAGUGACAGAGACAUCAGAUCGGUUGUGAGUUCAACAUCUUCAUCACGUUCCACUUCUCCUUCAGACAUGGCAAGUAGUACACACUCUAAAAAUGAUGUUGGAGCAAGCAAACAUAGACGCAGAGCUGCUCAAGCUCAAGAAUUGCUUUAUGCUUCCAAAAAUGUUGACCAACAACAACCACAACGAGUACCUCUUACACGUGUGCCAAGUGCUUCUUCUUUUUUAAGACCUGAUAAAUAUAAGCCUUCACCAGUGAUGGGUCGAAAACAAAUUGAAAGGCAAGAAUCAGUAUCACCUCGCCCUAUUAGACGAGGCACAUUUAUUAUUGCUCCUAACACAAAUUUACUGGGCAAACCUGGUUCUAUGGACCGACUUAACAAAAGCCCUCCAAAUUCUCCGCCUUCUUAUCGCCGAGCAAUUAGUCGUGAUGAAGAUGUUUUUUCUCGCCUUACGUCAAGUAUACCUCAAUCAACUGAACUGCAUCGAUCCAAAGGAGUGAUUCAACCUUACCAAGGAAAAAUUUCACCCAAAACACCUUUGGUGUGUACUCAUGUUACAGAAGGCCAUUCUAGAGCAGUUCUAGCUGUGUAUGCUACUAACGACAUGAUGUUUAGUGCAUCAAAAGAUAAGACUGUUAAAAUUUGGGAUCUUAAUAAUGGUAAAGAAAUUCAAACGCUAUCAGGCCAUCCAAAUAGUGUUGUUGCAAUAAAAUAUGAUGAAUAUGCACAACUCGUAUUAAGUGUAACUUCUUCAUAUGUAAGAGUUUGGGAUAUGCGACUAUCAAAAUGCAUUAAAACAUUAAGCUCAUCAGGCAUUGUAAACAAUGGAUCAGUUAUGUCAUCACAAAUUCCAGUUGGAGAAAUUUUGUUGAAUGAUAUAGCCCUUAAUAACUAUGGACGAACAUUAUAUAUGACAACGAGUGAUAAAGUGAAAAUUUGGGAUAUGAGAAAAUUUACGGUUAGGGGAAAAUUAAGUAGUGGUCACACAGCUGCUGUUAUGUGUUUAGCAGUUGGGCGGUUUGAUAACAAGGAUAUUAUAGUUACUGGAUCUAAAGACCAUUAUAUUAAAAUGUUUGAAGUUGAUGAGGAAGCUGUUGGAACUUAUAAUCCUACUGUCAACCUAGAACCCCCUCAUUAUGACGGUAUACAAACUCUUGCAAUACGUAAUCAAAUAUUGUUUUCUGGCUCAAGAGAUUAUGCUAUCAAGAAAUGGGAUCUAGAUAAACAAGAAUUAGUUACUUCAAUAAAUAAUGCUCACAAAGAUUGGAUAUGUGGAUUGGCUGUUGUUCCUGACCAACCAUUUUUAUUAAGUGUUUGUCGUAGCGGGUCUUUAAAAUUAUGGUCAGAGUCAUCUUGCUCACUUCUUGGUGAAAUAAAAGCACAUGAUUCUCCAAUUAAUGCAAUUGCUACAAAUUCAACACACGUCUUUACAGCAGCUCACCGCGGAGAAGUGAAGAUGUGGCGAAUGGCUCAAAAUAUCUUAUUUCCAUCAACCAUGACCAUGUCAACAGGACGUAUGUUCAACCUGAACAUGUGAAUCUUUGUACCACUUGAAAAUAUUAUUGAUGGAACAGUGAAGUUAUGGCGUGUUAAGAGCCGUUUAGAGGCAAUGGCUUGACGGACAAUUUUAUGCGUUGCUGCAAUACUCCAAUACAUCGGUAUACUUAUAUUAAUCAUGUUCGUAUUGAUUGUUGAUCUGAUAUCUUCGGUGCAUACCAUAUUUUGUUACAAGCCAAAGCAAACAAAAUAUUUAUAGCAAUCUGUGAUAUUUAUUUAUUUAUUUUGAGAAUCUUUACUGAAUAAUUAUAUCAACGUUCCUGGCUCCAAAGAUGUAUUUUAACAGAAAAAACAAUUUUUAUUAUGGGUAGGGUAUUUAUUAUCAUUUAUGCACUUCAUUGGUUCACAUCCAUUAAAUAGUGGGUGUUUUUGGAGCACAAUAAACUGAACAACUAAUUGCAUGCUUAUACUUAGGAAAUUAAAUGCUCAAUUUUAUUAUUAAAACAAAUAACCAUCUAGUAUUAUUUUAAUGGUAUUUGGUACUGAUUAUUACU